AUGCCAUCUGCGCCGGCGUUACUGGGAAAGGUGGCCUUGGGCCUCGCCGGUGCAGCUGGCUUCUAUGCCGUACUGCUCGGGGUGCUGCUGACUCCCUCCAUGCAGAGAUUCGCUCUGUAUGCUAAUCGAUUCAAUACAUUGUGGAUGGGCGAUGACUUGAGCGAUGGUGAGAGCUUUGGAUUUGCGAAGAACCAAGUCACGCCGUUCAACAUCCAGACGCCGGAUGGUGAGACGCUGUACGCCUGGCAUGUGCUACCGCUGGAUGUGUAUUCGCGAAACGAGAAAGAGAUCCGAGAAGAAAAGCGUCGGCCGAAGGUACCCAUUGAGCAUGUGACGGAUACGGUUGCGUUCAAACUUCUCACGAGCGGCGAUGCUCGUGUUAUCAUAAGCUUCCACGGCAAUGCCGGCCACAUCGCACAGAACUUUCGUCCGGCCACGAAUCGCUACAUGUCGGCUCAGCCAGACGCACAUGUUCUGACGAUCGACUACCGUGGAUUCGGGCAUUCCACUGGGUCGCCUACCGAAGCAGGCUUGAUCGCGGAUGGUGUCGCUCUUGUCAACUGGGUCUUAAAUGUUGCAAAGAUUCCAUCAGAGCGGAUCGUAAUCGUGGGCCAAAGCCUUGGAACAGCCGUCUCCAGCGCCGUGGCUCUGCACUUUGCGGAUCCUGGCAGCGACUUGAUACCCUCGACUUCGGCGGAGUUGAGGCCUUUACUGCAGUCUCAGCCGACACCAAAGCCGAUUACUUUUGCAGGUGUGAUACUUGCUGCACCAUUCAAUAGUGUGCCGACACUGUUGCUCACCUACCAGAUCGGUGGAGUCUUGCCGCUCCUGCUACCGCUCAGGCGGGUGCCUUACGUAGCCAGCAUGUUCCUGUCGCAGGUGGUGGACCAGUGGUUGACUGCUGAGCGACUUACUGCAUACUACAAUGCUCUUGAAGGCAGCUUGAAGCUCCAUAGUGGCGAGCGUGGCAUGGGCUCGGUGCAGAUACUCCAUGCCUUGAACGACAGAGAUAUCCCGUAUCAGCAAACAGAGAUGAUAUGUCGACGGGUGCUCGGCAAGAGAGAUGCAGACAGCGCGAUUGAGCCGAGCGAGAUAGAUGCAAAGGACUGCAUCGACGGCAGUCAGGGUGCUGCUGUGCUGGACGUGAAACGUGAAGGAAGGCCAAGACUUCGCUUCGAACUUGUGGGGUUUGGAGGCCAUAAUAGAAUCAUCACCUACAGUCCCGUGCAUGUCGCGGUGAUGAGGGCGCUCGAUGAUUUGUUUGAUUAA